AUGUCCGGACGGAGGCCCCAAACCGUCCGAACGGUGCUCCGUCCGGACAAUCGGGGAUGUGGUUCGGACGAUGAAGCCAACUCCCAUCAGCAGCGACUCCCAUCAGCAGCGAUAAUCCAGCUGGCCAAACGCUCAGAAAUGGAUUCCUUACAACAGCUGUCAUCUGAUGUUGCUGCGAUUGAGUCAUUGGCGUCACGAGGAACCCUGGACGUUGACUCGUGGAACAAACUUGAGUUGCUCGCAUCCAAGCUGGCGAAGCGUGCAUCUUGCGGGAAAGACGCAUUGAUCAUAACAGGCCUGUAUUUGGGCCUUUGCAGCCGCUCGACAGUCUGGACACUGCACUGGGAUGCGGCUCAGCGUUUCUCGCAAUUGCUUUUGGAUGGGAAUUUCAUGCCAGGGUGCUAUAUUCCCAUGCUCAUCUCGCUUGCCUCCAGAGGUGAUAUUCUGCUUCCUGUGCGAUUGGCAGCAUUGAGAAGCUUGAGUAGCUUUCUAUUGCUGUCUGUUGACCUUGCAAAGCGGCAUCGCACUCUUGUUACACGACUCUUGGAGGAUGAAGAGAAACCGGUGAAGGUCGCUGCACUUGCCACUGUGGCUAAACUAAUUCUCACUUCUCCGAAUGAGUUCCCAGAUUUCUUGGAUGGGGUGAGUAGCCUGAUGGAUUCUGACACCAGUGAUGCACAACUGGAGGCGUAUGCUGUCUAUGCGCAUCUGCUUCUUUCUAAGAAAAUGAAGGCGCAAGGAUUUAUGAAGCGGCUGGCUGUGGGGCUGCUGCACAAGGAUAAUCGCAUCAAGGGCUUGAUGAAGGAGCUGGUUACGCAGCUGAUGGAUGGAAACGCAAAGAGCCGCUGUGUUUUGGUGUUGAGUAUGUUCAAGCAGUGCCCAAAGGACCAAAAGGACAGCCUCGCAAGGACUCUUGUGAAUGAGGUACUAGCUCCUUGCGACCUUGAAACUGAAGAGCUUGGAAGCUCUGUGUUGCAGCUCCUGAGGCUGGGACAGAAUGAGGCAGUACAGUUUCUCCCAAAGCUGCAUCCAUCCAAAAAUCUGGUCUCUAAGAUUGACUCCUGGACUCAGCUUGACUCGGCCAAGGUUGGUGCUAUGAAAAGCAAGAAGACAUCACAAAGCCUGCUGGAGUUUGUAAACCGCUACCGACCAGCUUCAGCCGUAGAAAAGGAUACUCAGGCAAGGGUUAUUUACCAGCUUGAAAAGAUUUGUGGAAGUCAUGAGUCACGUGCUCAGCUUUCCUACCAAGCCCAAGAGGUCUUCUGCAUUGAAGACUAUGAAAGAGAAGUCUCCAUGUUCAAAGACGUGAGGUUGGAUGGAUCCCUAGCUGAUCUUUUGUGA